UUUAAAAUAAGAUAUUUCACUAUAAAUUCUAGAUGGGUAAAAAAGUUAUAAACACAGAACAAAUUAAGUAACCAAAUGAUUGAUGCAGAUGCUAAGUGUUAUUUUUUUUUUCUAAUUCUUGACAGGAGUGUCCAACAAAAAGAAUGGAAGAGGCUAGCCUAUGCAAUCAAACUACUUUACUGACGUAUUUUCGACUUGGAGGUUUAUCUGUAAAUCAGAAGGUGCAGAUAGCUGGAUUUGCCAUGUUCCUCAUUUUCUAUGUCUUCACACUGAUUGGGAACAUCCUCAUUGUCAUAACUGUUAUCUAUGACCACCGGCUCCAUACACCCAUGUAUUUCUUCCUCAGUAACCUGUCCUUUAUCGAUGUCUGCCACUCCACUGUCACUGUCCCCAAGAUGCUGAUAGACACCUGGUCAGAGGAGAAGCUCAUCUCCUUUGAUAUCUGUGUGACUCAGAUGUUCUUCCUGCACCUCUUUGCCUGCACAGAGAUCUUUCUCCUCACUGUCAUGGCCUAUGAUCGGUAUGUGGCCAUUUGCAAACCCCUGCAGUACAUGACUGUGAUGAACUGGAAAGUAUGUGUGCUGCUGGCUGUGGCCCUUUGGACAGGGGGGACCAUCCACUCCAUAGCCCUGACCUCCCUCACCAUCAAGCUGCCCUACUGUGGUCCUGAUGAGAUUGACAACUUCUUCUGCGAUGUACCACAGGUGAUCAAACUGGCCUGCACUGAUACCCACAUCAUUGAGAUCCUCAUCAUCUCCAACAGUGGGCUGAUCUCAGUGGUCUGUUUUGUGGUCCUUGUGGUGUCCUACGCAGUCAUCCUGGUGAGUCUGAGGCAGCAGAUCUCCGAAGGCAGGCGGAAGGCCCUAUCCACCUGUGCAGCCCACCUCACUGUAGUCACACUCUUUCUGGGACACUGCAUUUUCAUCUAUUCCCGUCCAUCCACCAGCCUCCCCGAGGACAAGAUAGUGUCUGUGUUUUUCACUGCUGUCACCCCCCUGCUGAACCCCAUCAUCUAUACCCUUAGGAAUGAAGACAUGAAGAAUGCCUUAAACAAGUUAAUGGGGAGGAUGGAGGGGAAAGAAAAACAAUGA